UCUGGUGUUGGAAGGCUGGUUUUUGGCAGAGUUGCAGAUUACAUUCCAGGAGUCAAAAAAGUGUACUUACAGGUGAUAUCAUUUUUCUUCAUUGGAUUAAUGUCAAUGAUGAUUCCGUUGUGCCAUAACUUUGGUGGGUUGAUUGCUGUCUGUCUGUUCAUGGGCCUAUUUGAUGGCUGCUUUAUAUGCAUUAUGGCACCUAUUGCAUUUGAACUGGUUGGACCACAGAAUGUUUCUCAGGCCAUUGGAUUUCUACUUGGAUUUAUGUCUAUUCCAAUGACUGUUGGCCCUCCUAUUGCAGGUCUUCUGCGAGACAGUCUUGAAUCUUACGAUGUAGCGUUUUACUUGGCGGGUGUACCCCCUAUAAUUGGUGGAAUUAUUUUAUGCCUUAUUCCAUGGGUGCAUGAAAGGACUAUACAGGGAAAAACUAAAGCUGUGGAUGGAGAAAAAGAAGAGAGGAAUAUGGAUUACGCUGCCAGCCCACUGAAACCUGGCACAGCUGAGAAUGAUAAAAAAGAUGAUGUCUCUGUAAUUUAA